GGUCAAUAUGGCCGCUGCUAUGACUCGAACUGGAGCAGUUGAGGUUUAUAUUAGACAACAGUGGUACAAAGUAAAUCUUACUUUGAGCGAAGAAUCAUUGUUGUUGAGCUUAGUAGAAAACACGGAACAACCGUCUGCAGUUAACGGCAAUGGUGAGCAUCGAGCAGGAAUAGUAAAUGGAUACCCAGACUUGCCAGACAGCAUCGCUGGCCAAAAGCGAGUUGUCAAAGUGAUGAAAGAAGAACAGAAUGGGUUAGGAGUUAGCAUCAAGGGUGGCAAAGAAAACAAAAUGCCGAUAUUGAUCAGUAAAAUAUUUAAAGGGAUGGCGGCUGAUAAAACUGAAAAGUUAUAUGUUGGUGAUGCAAUAUUGAGUGUAAAUGGAGAAGACUUGAGAGAGGCAACCCAUGAUGAAGCUGUUAGAGCACUUAAAAAAGCUGGAAAAGUUGUUGAAUUGGAAGUGAAAUAUCUAAGGGAAGUUACUCCCUACUUUAGAAAGAGCUCACCAUUGAAUGAUCUAGGCUGGGGUUCACAAGAAACCCCAAAAGAAGGAUCUAAAACCAGUUUAACAGAAUGCAAAACACUUCCACUAAAACUUUGUUACACUUGUCGUAAUCUAACCAUGACAGAUCCAGAAAAGACAAUUAUUGAAAUUCAUGCUCCAGAUGGAAAGAGUUCAUGCAUGAUACGGUUCCCAGAUUCUGCUACUUGUGGUGAUUGGUUUAAAACAAUUCAUUCAACUGUUUCUAUUCUAAAUCAAUCAGCAAUUAUUGAAGCAAAUCAAAUUAUUUCUUUUAUACCUAAUCAAAAAGAAGUGCAUCAGAUGGGGUGGCUAGCUGAACAACUGACAAAUGAGCAAGGUGUAUCAACAUGGAAACCAGUGUUUAUAGCAUUAACUGACGUGGAUAUGUUAUUAUAUGAUACAGCUCCUGGUAGUAAAGAAGAAUGGGCAACACCAUUUCAAAGUCAUUCACUACUAGCUACUAGGCUGGUGCACUCUGGGAAACAAUCAAAUCAGGGUCAUGAAGUUAUGACUUUUGGUACUCGUUCAGGGACCAGGAAUGGAGUAGAGCUACAUGUUUUCCGAGUAGAAACUCAAAGAGAUCUGGCUUUCUGGUCAAGAGCACUGGUACAAGGUUCACAUGGAGCUGCACUUAUUACAAAAGAAAUUGUUACCGCUGUCACAUGGCAAGGUAAAAAAGCUAAAUUAAGUGUUCAUUAUGAAGAUGGGUUCAGUUUGGUGGAAGAUAGCACAGGUGAAAAUGAAUCAAAAAUACAAACAUACUGGAGCUUCCCAUUUGAACGUUUGAGAAUGUCGGCGGAUGAUGGUCAUCGGUUGUUAUGGCUGGACUUUGGAGAUGAUGGCGAACAGGAAUUAGAUCUCAACACAUGUCCAAAACCAUUAGUCUUUAUACUACACACCUUUCUCUCCGCUAAAGUGAGUCGUCUUGGACUGCUGGCAUGAUUUGUCUCCACCCUUAUCCUCGUUUAUAAGGAAUCAUCUGAUUGAACUCUACAGAUAGCAAGCAUCACCAACCCAAGGCUCUUCCUCAAAACAUAGCAUAAUCAUUGAUCAUGUAUUGUAUUAUUAAGUAAAACAUUACCUGUUUAUUUUAAUUUGAAUGACUACUUACCAUAAUGUUCAGUAUCUCAAUGGGACCGAACAGAUCAUUAUUAUUAGAACAAUUGACCAUUUCAAAAUAAGUAUGUUCAGGUUAGGACAUGGCUCUUGUUUCAAAAUUUUGUAUUCUCAGUGUUUUUUGCUUCUUUUAUUCAUUGAGUUGUAUGAUCUUGUAUUGUUGUCAUCCUACAGUUAUAAUUGAUCUCUUUGAGCAAUGAAAUAUUUCCAAGGACAUUUUGACUAACAAACUGAUAUAUUUCUUCAGUUAAAGUAUGACUGAAGGGAUGAAUCAAGGGCCUUGUUACAGAUAUGGCAUGUAUGUAAUCUAGUCGAACAGAAUAGUUGUAUAAACCUUCCAUAUAGCAUAACUUGAUCAUUCACUAACUAUUUUCAUUAUUCUAAUAUGAAUUCAUGUUCAUAAUUUAGGCCUAAAUUAGGUCUUGGAGCACUAGAUCUAAAGCAGGUUGAAAUUGGCAUUGACACCAGAAUUAAUGGAUGUGCCAAUUAUUCGGAUCGUAAAACAGUGACAGUCAAAAGUCAUGAUUUAAGAAAACCUGGGAUUUAAAAAAAAAAUAACAAAAAACAGCUGUCUUUUGGAGUUAAACCCACAAUUUAGAAUGUACACAAAUUAAUCUGCUUUUAACUAUAAAAUAAAUACUUUACUAUAUACAAUUACUUCAUAACUUGUUUCUACAAAUCAAGUGUAUUUUAUACACAGUUGAAUGUAACUUACAUGUUAAUUGUGAACAAAUCUUACAACCUUAUAGCAUAAGUAAACUAUCCAAUGAAAUAGCUUUCUUAUCACAUAAUUCUACAUUGUCUUUUGUUAUUUUUCGUAGUAGUUGGUAGUAGUUUAAAUCCUCCACAGUGACAUCAUUAUUAUUAUUUAAUUGUGUAUAUUAUGUUUUAGAUUAAAUAUAGUUGCGCUAAAAUAUUUAUUAUUAUUAAUAUCGAAUCCAGUAUAGGACAUGUAAACAAGGUGCUGAUUUUAUUGUAUUUACUUUGUUAUUUUUUACCGUAUUUAUCUCUUUGUUGAUAUUUGUAUUUGUGAAAUAUUCCGAAAUAUUGUUUGAACAUUGUACUUGAUUUAUUUACAUUAUGAUUACCUUUUUGACAAUUUAAAGGUAUAAUUGUUUAAAGGUCAUCUUACACGAUCCUACUUUUGUUGAAGAACAUCAUCCAACAUUUGUAGGAUGAUGUUCAAGGUCAUGAGGUGUCCACGAACAUGUCAGUUUACACCAUACAACAUUUAGUCAAUCUGGUUAAAACACAAAUCCUAUUUCGUUUCGUUUUUAUAGUUCAAAAUUUCGUUUUACUUGUCUUUACUACACUUGGAUCUGGAAGAGUUGUUAUUUAACUCGUGUUCUGAAUGGUGUCAGGGAUAAGCCAAUGAAACGUUCUGUUACGGCUAGCUUUAGGCGUGUUUUUCACAGGACUGUGGGUAAUCCACUAGUAACAUCAAUGCUGAUUGGUUAAUCAAAUGUCUUGACGUCAUAUGGUCAUAAGUCGGUCUUUUGACCCCUGACGUGACCUAUCGCUAUAACUUGUCAGAUCUUCAUGUAGUGUAGGCCAUCGAAAGUAUAAAAAAACGAAAUGAAAUAUAGAUCUGUAUUUUUAUCAGAUUGACAUUUAGUGAACAUGUUCAAGAUUGUUUUGACAUGAUGGUUUUGCUUCGAGAUGUGGAUACAGACAUUUUGCUUCAUAUCAUGAGACCCAAUACACCACGUGGCCCAGAGAUGCAUUCUCAUUGGUUCAAGGCCUUGAAUACUGUCCUACAAUGUUCAAAUUAAUAUGCAUGCUCAAACAGCAUCAAACAUGUUCAAGCUUGUUCUCAUACACACGAUAGGACAAUUUCCUGUGAGCAUCAUCCUACUAAUGUUGGAUAUGUUCUUGAAAAAAGUAGGAUUGUGUAAAAUUGCCUUAAUUUGUGUUAAUUUUUAAGACAUUGCUUGUAUCAUAUGGUAAAACUCACUUAACCAUUAUGAGUUGGUGUGUUCGACUAUCUUCAAUAUGUAACGGUGUACCUAUAAAUGUUCGAUGUAUUCAAUAAUGAUACCUUAACAUUCAAUAAUUUAUUGAAAUAACUUUACAGCUGCACAAAAAGUUGCCAAUGGGCUUCUUUACUAUCAAUCCAGCAUACAUAGAAAGGCUACAGUUUGUAUUUAAAGGAGCUAAACCUCUUCGGUUUAGGUUGAUUUCGAUUAGUGACAGGGCAAGCUCUAUCUGACUAAUUUGUUGUCAGCUUGUUUACUGUGUCAACAAUGGAACACAAAAUCAGUGACAUCUUAUUAAUCGGUGAUAUCAUAUCACUGGUUAUAUCUAUAGACCGAGAAUAGAUUAUUAACCCACAAAGCAGUUCAAUAUAAAAUCCAAUGAAACAGACAAUCUUAUUUGUUACCAAAAUCAAAGAGGUCUUAGUCUUUUGAAUCAAAUAUUAUAUUGAAAAUUUGCAACUUUUUGAUAAGAUUAGAGCUUUAGAUCAAUCAAAACCCUUCCUACACCUACAAAAUAUAUCGGAGCAUGAAGUGCUUUAUUAUAGUGAAAACCUAUUGAUUUGACACUUCCAUCAUUAUGACAAACCAAUAACUUUGGAUUAACCUAAUCUAAUUGCAUUCAUUCCUUUUAUUUACACUUAUUUAUUAUAUAAAAUUUAACCAUAAAAAGCAAUAGGUGAUUAAAUUUUAUAUUAUCUUUAUAUUUAUAAUAAUUCAAGAAUUUAUAAUUAUAUUACACAAUAAUACAAAAAUUAUAAUUCAUAUUUAUAAUGGAUAAAAUUUCUAAUAAGACAGACAAGCUAAUAAUGUUAGGAUCUCCAUGUUUGAAUUAUUUAAUUGGAGAUAGAAGUUGUUUUGUACAGUUGUUAUACAAAUAUAUAUUAUAUGUAAUUCAUAGUUCUCAUAAUAGAUAUCUAUAUGAAGUUGUGUGAAUAGAUGUUGUAUUAUGAUCUUGAAAAUAUUUUAUAUAUUGUAAUUUAUUUUAGAAAAAAAGAUAUAUGUAUUACUUUUUUUUAAAACAAAAUGUCCAGUGAAUUAUGUUUUCACAAUCGUUUAAAUGCACCACAGACAAAUGAUAUUAUGGUGUAGACAGACCUGGGGUAUAAAAUGUGGCUUCUAAAAUGCUAGGGUAUUACAACUCUAACAUUCGGUGGAAGAUGCAACAAUAUCCCAAGGUUGACACUUGAAGUUGAAUACUUAAGAACGUGUCAGUACUUUAAUUCAAGAGGAUAUGAAUAUAAUAUAAGAGUUGAAGACUGGGAUGCCUGGACGACAAUGUCCGACACAUCAGCAAGACGCGAACGCUAUCUAACAUCUGCAGGAUUGCACGCUGCAGGUGGCUUUAUGUUGGACCAAUUCCUGUUAGUGAGUCUUAACCCUUAUGCCUAGGUUUCACUGUUGCUUUUUUUCUGUGGGUUAUUGUUGAUUUUCUUGUGGGUUAUGUCUCGCCAACCAAAUCAGUGGUGCAUUUUCAUUGCAUCUCAUGUGGACAAAUGUAAUUGCUUUUCACUGCAAGAUAAUAGAAAUAGAUGCUUGGGUUGAAAAACCAUUAAAAUUGUGAUAACCUGCUUGGCCAGAUAAGCUUUGUAAACUCAACAGCAAUUAUUCUGAUCUUUGGGAGUAUAGAAUUUAUAAGGAUAACAGAAUGGAAGAUCUUUUUAUAAGCAGGUGACUUAAUAAUUUUUUUACUUUUGAUGGGGGGGUGCAUUGCUUUUAAGAAAAAACUGAUUCAUUUUUCCUUUUAGAAUAUAUAAAUAUGCAAAACUGAAUUUCUGGUGGAAUGUAUGUAGAACAAAAUUAAUAUUACAAAAAUGAUGUAAAUGAUCUUACAAAGGUUGCCUUUUAUGAUGCCACAAGAAGUGCCAUCAUCUACUAUCAUUGACCGAUGAUUGCUAAUGAAUAAAUAUAUAUUUAAACCCUACAUCAGUAUGAUACUUAUCUCGCUAAAAAAUAAUAUAAAAAUAAUGGAAAUAUACUGUAUAAUUAUUGUCUCGUGAAUUCCUUCAUUGUUGUGUUUUAUAUAUAUUAUAUAUUUUAGAUCUUUGAACAAUUGUGCAUUUAUUUUAGUUAAAUAAAGAAAAACGUCUCUGAA